AUGUUUAGAACAUUUUGGAUUGCACUACUGGCCGUACCCUUAUGGUUUAACUCACAGAUAGUUAAUGGUCAUGUAAUACCGACUAAAAAUAACGAUUUACUUUUAAAUGAAAUGUCUAUGCCACAGAUUUAUAAGUUAGGUUCAAUUCCAUCAACUUUUACAACUGAUGGAUCUACAACUUUGAAUGAAGGUAGAAUCAUUCUAACACCAAAGGCAAAUUCAAAAGGUGGCUUAUGGUUAAAAGCACCUUUUGAAAUGGAUGGAUCUUUUUCCCUGGAAUGGACUUUUAGAAGUUUUGACUAUCGUGGAUUUUCCUCUGGUGGACUUUCCUUUUGGAUUAUAGAUAGUGCAAACUUAAAAAAAAAUGAUAAGACACUGUAUGAUGGACCUUCACAAUUUAUUGGGUUGCAACUAUUGAUUGAUAGAUCUGGUCCCUAUGGUGAAGCAUUACGUGCACAAUUGAGUGAUGGGUCUAACCAACUAACAAAGGCCUCCAUGGAUGAAAAUACUUUUGGAUCAUGUUUAAUUGGUUAUCAAGACGCAUCUGUUCCAUCAACUUUAAGGGUCACUUAUGAUAUUAAUGAUAAUCAUUUAUUAAAAGUACAAAUUAAUAAUCAAAUUUGUUUCCAAACUAGAAAAGUGAAACUUGUUGGAGCUGGAUCAAAGGCUAAUUUCAAAAUUGGUGUUACUGCCGAUAAUGGUGAAAAUAACAAAGAAUCAUUUGAAAUUUUAAAAUUUAAUGCUUUUAGUAAGGCUAAUGAAGCAUCAAAGAUUCCAAAUAUUAAAUCAAUGCCACAACCUCAAAUUGUUACUCAAAUGACAAACAGUAAGACUGGAGAGACAAAAUUAAUUGACAAAAAGAAAUUUGAUGCUGAAAAAAAUGAUGAAUUCAGUAAUUAUGAUUUAUUCCAGAAAUUAAAUAAAGUAGAAGGAAAUAUACUUGUUAAUGAUAUUCGACCUCUAGAUCAAAGAUUAGAUUCUAUUAUUCAAACUCAAGAAGGUUUAAUGAAAUUUAUGGAUCAUUUCUUAAGUACUUUAUCUGAAGAAGAUGAUUCUUCUAAGGAUCAAAUUACAAAGGAUAAGAGCGAAUUUAAAGAUUUUUUGAAGAUUAAUAGUAAUUUGGAGAGCCUACUAGAAGAACAAGAAAGGAUUAGAGAAACCACUAAGAAAGUUGGUGAAUUUGGUUUACAUGAUACUCAUAUCGAUGAUGUAAUCUCAAAUUUGAAAAUUAUCUUAAUUCCAGUUGCUGUAAUACUAUGUGUUAUGAUAUACUAUACUUUUAGUACUCAGCAAUAUAUAAAGAAAGCCAAAUAUUUGUAA